AGCUGUGGACGCAAAAAUCCAAAAAGGAAAACCUGGCAAUGUGUCCAAAGUACCAACGCUCCUUCCCCCCAGCUUUAAAGUCCUCCUUUAUACCACUUGGACCUUGAUAAAAUCCAUUUUCGGUUACAACGGCCUUUGCCUCCGGAGCUCGGAAUAAUCAAGAUUAUUAUUAUUAUUCUCUAGGGUUUUUGCCUUGCCGGGUCAGGCUCGGAGCUCCGACGCUCUCGGAAUCGGGUCUUGGAUUGAUCGAUGGUGUUUGGAGCUUAGAGAGAGAAAGUGAGAGAGAGGGGGAGAGGGAGAGGGAUGGAAAUGGAGGAAGAUAUGGAGGUGGAGCAAGUGUUUACGGCGCACGAAGUGGACAUUGACUACGAGUUUGACGCGGCCAGGUUCUUUGAUUUUAGUCGGCAGGAGACGCCGGUGGAGGCGCGGCGGGCUGAGCUCUGGUUCGAAUCCGCCAAGAGCUAUCCUCCUUCUCCUGUUGUGACAAGGAUGAUACUAGGAGGGGACAUUCUCCUGGGAAAUGUGAAUACCUCCCCAAAAUCUAAAGAUGUGGAGAAUACAAAUGGCAUUGGCUGUAAUAUCGUCGCUGGCCAAGAAUCGUGUGCAAUGGAUGUAAAUAGCGGAGAUUGUGAAGGAGUGAAUAAAGGGAUUUUCGGCAACUUGCAAAGAGUUCUAAAUCAAUCACAUGGAGCAGGUACAGGGUUGACAUUCAAUCAUUCAAAAGGUCAAAAUAACUCUUCAGUAAAGCCAUCUUUCCCCAGGAAAUCAACUUUGAUGAAACCUACAGCAAGUCAACUUGCUAAGCAAAAUCGCCUCCCUCAUAUUGGUGGUUCCAGAUUUCAGACGCUACAUGUUCAAAACAGUGAUAAGAGCUUCUGUAGCUCUUCUGGAGUUGAAACUCAAGCUACCAAAAGGCAGAAGUUAGAGGGAGGUCACUCGCAUAAGGUUACUACUGAAGCAAUGCAGCAAACUAAUUUCAUCCACAAGCCACCUAAAAAGGUCGAAACUUUUGAUAAGACGCAUGCCAAGUUGAAAAUUACUAUUCCAAUAGAGCCUGACUUUGAAACGACAUAUAGGGCGCAAAGAAUAAGGCCUAAGAAUGGAUCAGUGUUGGAACAAGUGCCAUCAGCUCCUCGAAAAUUCAAAGCCCGUCCACUGAACAAAAAAAUUUUUGAGGCUCCCUCACUGCCACUUCCAAAGAGGAGCACUCCAAAGUUGCCAGAAUUUCAUGAAUUUCACCUGAAGACAAUGGAAAGAGCUAUGCAAAAUACAUCUACUGUUCCAUUAUCCUCACAUCAUUUCAAUGGUCAAGAGAAGGUGUUGGACAAACCUAGUGCUUCCACUGUUGCAGGAAAUGGAAACAGAGAACCCAGAAGGCCGAGUAAAUUGGAUGGUCUUAAGCAGGAUGGAAGUGAUGUAAUGCCAAAAUUUAAAGCUCGUCCUCUUAAUAAAAAGAUCUUUUCUAGCAAAGGGGAUAUCGGUGUUUUCUGGAAUAGCAAAAGAGAAACCACUGUACCAAUGGAAUUUAAUUUUCAGACAGAGAGGAGAACUCAGCAGAUUCCGCCAACUGAUCUUUUCAGUAAGCUCUCUUUAACAUCUGAACUCCAGCCAAAUAAUGGAGCUCAGUUGAAAUUGCCUCAGCCAACAUCUGUAUCAGUGAAGGACUCAAAAGAAAAUAGAGCGAAUAAUUUCCAACCAGAACAUAAGAUAAUGGUAAAAGAGAAAUCUUCUCUGUUUGGUGGAAAGCAAGCUCUAUUUGGGGGUGGCAGGUCCAUCAGUGAUGUUGAUAACAAAUCAAGGAUGAGGAGUUUGGGAGUCCGCUAGAGGUAAAAAGAUCACAAAGUUCAUGAAAUGGAUAUGCUAUCAAAGUGAUAGAUGGUGAAAUGGAUCUCUUUGGUGAUUGCGGAAUAAUGCUUCAAAAGACUAUGAAACCCUUUUGGUGAAGAUGGAAGCCAUGUUAACAGUUCCAGACAUGCCAAACCAGCUUUUUCAUUUCACCAAUUUGUAGAUUUUAGUAAUCCAAUAAACAUCUCUAAAGGCCGGUGUUGUACAGCUAGCUGUUAAGGCCAUCUCUUACAUCUUCUAUCUUUUUGAUAGUAUUCAACACAGGUAAUUGUGAUUAGUCAAGGGGAAAUAUACACAAUGCAGUUAUGUGCUCAAUAGGUAAAUGUUGUGAACAAACCCUUACAGCAUUUUCUUAUAUGUAAUUGCCAUUUAAAGUACUGAUAUGGCCUUGCAAAAUUUAAUCUGACAAGGACCAGGUUGCUGUGGCUCA